AGACAUUUAAGCUUCUAAGUGACAGAGAACUCUGCAGAAAUGGCUGCAAAAAGACCGGCAAAGGCGAAAGUGCACAUAGCACCUCCGGGAGAUUUCAUUGCUCUUGGGAAAUCAAAGCCUUCCUCUGUGUCCGAGCUAGAUGUACCCCGGGGCGUUCCUUCUCAAGUAUCAUCCAAGAAACUCCUGUCAUCUUCUGGAGAAAGGAAAAGGGAGGCACCUUCAUCAUCCAUUUCUGGUAUAGCAAAGCGACCAAAACUUAUACAAGGACAAACCUUUACGCCCUUAGGUCGAUCUUCUGAUGCAGACCGACGUAGUUCGCCGGCUCCAAAUACAAGUUCGCAGCUGGAUGAAGUUGCUAUUGAUAUUGAGCCACUGAUGUUGAUGGAAGAAGUGUUAGAUGCAGAGGACAUGUGCAAUGAUGAGAAGCUGGAGGGAUUGUUUCUUGGAGCAAUAAAAAACCUGAGAGGAAAUCGUUCAAAACCAGACACAGUGGUGUACCUUACCAUCAUGUCGCUGGCAAAAACUCAUUCUAGUAUCUUCAAUAGCGAGCUCAUCAUUCAGGCUUUCUGUAGUCUGCUGAAAAGAGAAUUGUCACUCAACUUUAAAGCCAAAGGCAAUGUGCUUGUGUCAGUGUUUGCCUGCAAUGUCCUGAUGGCAGCAUUCAGUGAGGAGGAGAAUUGGCCAGAUGAUUUUGUGAAGGUGUUUGUUGAAGAUUCCCUCGGAGAGCGAGUCUGGGUAGAUAGAUCAGACUGUAAGAGUUUCGUUGACAAUAUCAUCACAGCAUUCAACACCAAGCUACCUUCCAAGUCACUUUCCAUGUCUAUAGAUAUGUCAGGCACACAAUCUGGCUCAGCAAGUCCUGUGGUGUCAUUCCUGGAAGAUGAUGAUGUGACCAAGUCAUCAGAUAGUCUGGAAGAUAAACUCAGCAGCCUUGGAGAGGAUGAGGUCACAGUAUUUCCUAGAUACCCAUACCAACAGGAUAGUAUAGAGUCCUAUGUGAUGGAUAUCAUCCGUGAACAACUGAGUCGCCGCCAGACAAUGGACACAUCAUCCCGUAAUGUUAUCCGUCUGAUGACUGCUACAAGUGGAUACAGUCAGGUGCGACUCCAAUCUGCACAACGUCUAGAGAUGUGGCUGCAAAAUCCAAAGUUGACACGGUCCGCCCAGGAGCUGUUGAUGUCCCUGUGUAUGAACUGUAACCAGUAUGACCAGAAUGACAUAGAGGUUCUCUCACAACUCGUCAAGAUUAGGAUGAAAACUAAACCACUGCUCAACCAUUUCCUCACUUGUAUCAGGGAGUUGAUCCCACAACACCAAGAGAACCUGCGCAUGAUGCUUACUCACACCAUCUACAAUGAGUUAUCCAACGUCAGGAACCCCAACAAUAUGGCACUGAUCAGUGUCAUGUUCCAGACCUCAUCAACACUUGCUACUAAGGUACUGGCCGAGAUAUUCCAGGACCUGCUGUCCAAUAAAGAGGAUUAUCUCCGUGCACUUCGGGCCUUACUCCGUGAGAUAGCUCGCACACUGAAACAGGACAUCAAACUGUCUUCAUUUUGUCUGAACUUGAUGCAGGAAAGGACAGAUUCCAAGUUCUUAGAAAUGGACAAUUCUCUGAGGGAACGUUACAUUAUGUCUGUGGCGGACAUGGUGGCAGUGACAAUCCUUAUAGGGAUCACCCCAUCAGUACGGGAGGCCAAGGGAGAUAAGCAAGAUUCAGAAGUUCUACACAAGUAUCGCCAACAGACUGCAAUGAUACAGCGGGAUGCUGUGUGGUGGAUGCAUACUAUUGUAUCAAAACACAUUGUGGAGUUCAAACCGGAACAUUAUAUACAUUGUUUACACAAAGUACUGUUCCUGGAGGGUCCUGAACAAUACUACAACAAAGACAACUGGCCGUCAGAAGGAGAGAGAGGGUCUCUGCUGAGGAUUGCGUCAGAGUCACCUGUCCUUGAGGACACCCUGAUGAGGAUCCUGGUCAUUGGUCUGUCUCCAGAUAUCCCCAUAAACCCUCCAGAUGCUGUGGAACUGGUGGACCAGCUUGUCAAGCGUGCAGCCAGUCUCAGCUGCGACGGUGAAAAAGUGCUACAGAUGGAAAGACUGGAAUUGGUGGAUGCCCUUCUCAAUCUGUGUUCAUACAGACAUCCUACAGACAUAUCUCUACCUAAAGGGUACAGUCCACCAACCUUGGCAAUCUCUAACCUGUACUGGAAAUCCUGGAUUAUACUCCUCAUCUUGUCGGCUUUCAACCCUCAAACAUUUGGUAUUACGGCCUGGGAGAACUAUCCUACCCUUAAGUGUCUGAUGGAGAUGGUGAUGACCAGGAAUUACAAGUUUCCACCUCCAACCACUGCUUCAGAUGAACGAGAAGUUGAGGAUAUAAAAAAUCAAGAGAAACAGGUGUCAGAACAGGAGAAGCAGGAAAUUCUGGAGUUUGAGAGCCAUCUUGCUGCUGCCACUAGCAAAGUGACCAUCACAGAGACAAACAGUUUGCUGGUCACUCAACUCACCGCUAUGAAGCCCAGUGGAGUGGCACGCCAGCCCCCAGCAGCUAUGUUAGAGCAAGUGAGGAUCCUCAAUGAGACUAUCCACAUUGGACAGCUGUUAUGUCGGAGCCGCAAGCCAGACUUCCUGCUGGACAUCAUUCAGAGACAGGGUGCCUCCCAGUCCAUGCCCUGGCUAGCAGAGUUGGUGGAGGCCAGUGAGGGAUCCCUCGAGGUUUUGCCUGUCCAGUGUCUGUGUGAAUUCCUCCUCCAUGAUGUGACCGGUAUCUCUAGUCAAGAAGAGGACACUAAACAGCUGGAGAAACACAGGAAGAAACAGAAAGUGAAGAAGCGUGCAGAACUGGUCAGCUACCUCCGGUCCAUCAUUCAUGCCGACCCUCCUGACCCAAUAUCUGUGUCCCAAGUCCUAGAUUACUUUCUCCGGCGGCUCUCGUCCACACAGGCCUCCAACCGACACCUGGCUAUUCAAGGGCUGUCCAUGUUAAUAUCGUGUAAAGAUACUCCUGAGGAGGAAGGCAUGGAGACAGAGAGUGGGAUGGGCCACAGCUGGCUGCUAGAACACCUACCCACACUGGCAAUCUUCCCCCAGAUCAGGCCACAGAUCUGCUCUGCCCUCAGACAGGCCUGCCAGAUAGAGACCGAGCCUGGCCUCAUUAGUGCCUGUAUCAUCUUCCUGUCCCAGCAAGCCCUGGACCAGAGUCUGCAUGAACUUGAUGACCUUGCUUUGGACAUGGCGCAGCUAAUUGUGGAGCGUACCACAGUUAUCAAUCACAUCCUACCACUAGAGAACCAGCCCAGCAACGAACUCUCUCAUGUCACACUAAAGGCACUUAUAGACCUGUACACCAACUACCUUCGCAAGGCCAAGGAGCCAGACAAGGAAGCUUAUUCAUGGUCCAACACUCAGGACCAGAUUCUUCUCCAGUGGAAGGGAGGUGACUCUGCUACGAUGCACGUCCUUGUGGUACAUGCCAUGAUUAUACUGCUGACGUAUGGGCCACCCAAAGGAGGGGAAACAGAGUACCAGGAUUUACUGGAUACCUGGUUCCCAGCAGAAGGACAACCACCCUCCGCGUUCCUGCUAGACACAUCAGAGGAAGCUCUGUUGCUACCUGACUGGUUGAAACUACGUAUGAUCAGGUCUCAUGUGACUAGACUUGUAGAUACAGCCCUCCAGGACAUUGAGGCAAACCAGCUACUGCUGUUUGUCCAGUCGUUUGGUAUCCCAGUGGCCAGUAUGGGACGCCUUCUUCGGUGUUUAGAUGGCCUUGUUGUCAUGGAUUCCAGCAUAUUGGAGCAGGCAGUGGAGGACAAGACAUACAUGGCCCAACUCAUAGACAUACAGCACAUGAGGGGUGCCCAGGGGGGCAACACAUUCCGCAAGCUGCUCACAGCCCAAGCUCCUGUUAAAGAGGUUGAUGAUGCUGAAAUGAAGUCUGUAGAGUCCAAAGAUGAGAGUGUGUGGAUGCCUCGUGCUGCAGAACAGAAAAAGGUGCCCCACAAGGCAGAGAUCAUCAGCUUGUUAGUACAGGUGUUUUCCAUGGAUGGCAAGAGAGACCCAGACACAGAUCAUCAGUUCCACAAUCUCGUCACAGGUAUAACUUCAAGGAAACCUGAAAUAUCACAGCUUGUCAUUGACAUUUUGUAUGAGAAGACAAGAAAUGACACUACAUUUCGGGAGAGGUUUUGUAGACAUGUGAAGGCAUGUCCAUUGCUGAAGUCUCUGGUGGCCAGCAAGUGUGGACGCAAAGACUCCCUCCAACAGCUGAUGCUGGGCCUCAGUGCUGCAGAUCAGACAGUCACAUCACCUGCUAUGUCCAUUAUAAAACACUUCCUUCUUCACUCCAGCCCAGGGACAAAAUCUACACCCUGUCUGAACCUCAAUGAUUUGGCAAAGAAGAGGUUAGCAGUUGAUGAAGGUCACCUUGAGUCUCGACUGACAAACUGUAUGCGGUCAGCAAUGGCCAGCCAGCUGCCCAGUGAGGUGGUCAGCAGUGUGUGUCAGACGAUGAUACAGACAGACAAUGGAGAUAGAUCAGAAGUGGAGACCUCCCUGCACACCCUGCUGUUGGACUGGCUGGAGCUGCUGGACCCUGAGUUGGUGGCCCGUGCACCGGACCUCCAGCACCAGCUCAUGUUUUCCCAACACAGACGCCAGAAAGGAAGUAAAGCCUCUGGUGAAAACCCUACAGACAACAGUCCUACUUCAUCUGAUACUGCCCAGCUAGACCACACCUAUAGUAACCAGGCCUAUCUCCUUGCCCUCCUCACUCACCAGAGCAGCUGGUCUGCUCUCCACAGGUCUAUCAACACACUGCUACAGAAAUCUCCACCAAACAGAUUUUGUCCAACCACUGUGCUAGACUUCCUGUGGGCAUGUUUGCAAAUCCCUAAAAUAUGGCAAGGUCGUGAGCAAAAGAUCUCCAAGAACCAGCCAGUGGAGAAUGUUCUCAGCUUGAGUCAGAGUCAGUUGGAGACAAUCCUGAACUAUAUAGUGGAGGAAGCAGUGGUCAGUGAGUCUGUCCACACUGACGGGGACCACAAGGGAGUACCACUGUCCAGCAGGGUCGAGUUGAUGGUCACCUGUACAAAUAAUGAGGAGAGCAACAUCAAGUUUGUGGCACAGCAAGCUCAGGAAGCUUUGACUGACAACAGAAACAAGGCUGUGAAUCAGAAAGUGCUAGUGGAGUUGUAUGCCCAGUGUCCUCGUCUGGUGUCGUGGCUACCGGAUAUCACUGCCUCUCUUUCUGACAAAUGUCUAUCUCAGGAAACAUCCAUUCAGGUUGACCUGAUUUCGUUCCGUCUGCUGACAAGCUUGGGACAUGCUGGCCAUGGUCGCAGGAAUGAGGAUCGCAUGCAUGACGCCAAUAUUGCUUGCCGGAAACUGGCCUCACAGCACCCCUUACUGAUGUUACGCCAGUUGCCUAUGAUGAAUGCCCUACUGAAGGGUAAGACACAGUUUAAGAUAGGACAACUACGUCAUCAUAACUACCUACAGCUGUUUACACAUAUCCUGGGACUGAUGGAGGCCAUGCAGCCGCUGGUGUUCAGACGGGAAUACACAGCCAGUCACAGUGAUAUUCUGGAGUCCUACUUGUCACUGUUACAGCGUCAUGGUAUGGAGAGGGUCCUUGCUCCCAUUGUGGCCAAAUUCAUCAGGUACCUGCAAAACUACAUGAUGUGUGAGCCUCAACAUUCUAUCAAUGUCCUACAACCACAUGUGGGGGUGUUCAGUAACCUUGCUUCGGUCUACCCAGACAUGCCCGCCCUGAAGUCACUGCUGGCAGGACUUACCCUACCCAGACAGACAGAGAGUGACUCUCCCCACCAGGGUGAUAUGACCCUGGGGCUGGCACGCCCGACCUCACCCUGGACAGUGGGACAGAUUGCCCCUUACCUACAAAGACUGCAGAAUGCCACAGACUCCUCAAAUAUUCUGGACGUAUUGCAAGACCUGGAUGAGACUUCAAAGAGAAAAGUGGAUAUCUUGGAACACUUCCUGGGAGACCUGAAAAAGCUGCUGUUGGAUCUAAAUGAUAAGAUCAGGAACACAUGCUACUCGCUGAUCAUGCGAUACGUCCGCCAGGUGCCAAGGUCAGCCGUACAGUUCCUUGGCAGUUUUCUCCAGUGUCUGGACAGUGACAAUUCUGACAUCAUUACCAGUGCUCUGAAAAACCUGCCGGAGUUCUGCGUUCUAUGUCAAGACCAUGCAGAUGUGCUGCUCCAAAAGGCCUUCCUGGUGGGUACCACUACCUCUAUAGAGACCAGUACCUACAUCACAGAGGCGUUACAGACUCUGAACCUGGAGACCACGCUAAUCGCUAGCAAGUUAGAUGGCUGAUGUACGGAGACUCACUGCCAGCAAAACAGACAACUCAUGUUCAGUCCGACAGGAGAUGACGUUCAGCACCAACAAGAUAGAUCUCCAAUUUAUGAAUCCUCAGUCUGGGGACCAUGUUCAUCACCAGAGAGCUGGACAUUUAUAAGUUGCCUCUCAGUUUAGAGAUAACACUAAUCUCCAGCAAGGUAUAAAAAUCGGAUUAUGGACCCCAAGUUUAGGGACCAAGCUUACUGCCAAUGAGUUGGCAUACUGCCAAUAAGUAAGCUUGCUGAUGUAUAGUCCCUCAGUCUAGGAACCAUACUUAUCAUCAAUAAGUUAAAUUCUGAUGCAUAUUGCCUUUGUCUGAGGACUGGAUCCUUCUUUAAGUUGAACAUUUAAAGCAUGGACACAGAGUACAUAGAUAGUCCUAUAUCUGAAUGGAACUCGGGAGCAAUAACGUGAGAAUGUAUCCUGUAUCAGAUGUGAUGUUUUGGUUACUGAUUGAAGACUUCUGAAGACAUCAAUAGUGCUUUGAUAUUAACAGUGUGACUACUGUAGGAAGGAAAAAACUGUUCCUAAAUUGUUUUUCAUGGACUGAUCAGGAUCUUUAAAAUUGCUUUAAAUAAAUGCAGAAUGUCCAUUUGAAGAACUUUGUUAAUGAAACUCACCUGAAAAGUGCUACAAAGUGUGAGUGCAUGUAAUGCAGAUGACAUAUUGUUAUUGAGUAAACUAUAAACAAUAAAUCAGUAU